AUGGCAAAAACCAAGGGAGGGACGGGCUCAGGAAGCACCCAACCACCAAACGGGAAGACUACCAAACCCUCACCUCCGAAGAGAUCUACAAGGCGAACCACCUCAGAGGAGACCUCUACCAAGGUCACCGAAGACCUCUUGCUAACUAUUCAGCCCGAGGACAGGGGACGUACUGAAGUCCUACAACAAGAGGAACGAGAGGUCGUAAGAACAGCCGCCGAGUCAAAACAACCGGAGAAGCCGGAAGAAGAGGAGCCUGAACUCACGCCUCCUACAAAGAAAUCGAAGAAAACCCAGACGGGAAGAACCGCUUCCAAGGAUACGGAAGGAGAAGAAGAAGAACAAGAGAAGGCGGAACAUGAGGAGGCUGAAGAAGGAGAGGGAGUUGAAGCCAUUCAAGAGGAGGAGGUGGAAAUCCCGACACCACAAAGCAAGAGGCCAGGGGUCAAAAGGAAGCUCGAUGUCACAAAGCCUCCACUGCCCGUUAAGGUCAGACCAGCACCAGCAGGCAGUAAGACCAUAACCAAAGGCGAACAGAGCCGGAGACAGAGGAAACCUACUGCAUCUGAGAAGGGAAAAGCCAAGGAGAUGGAAGUACCACUAGAGGCAGAUCCAGAGAAGACUGAAACGGUGGAAAACUCCAACUCGGAGGACGUCGUUGCCCCUGCUAAGCUGGUAACAAGUACAAUCACCUCAAGGCCGAAAGGUGUUAAGCGCAAGGGCUUGGUACGACCUAACACCAUGGAGAAAGGAUUCAAAGUAAUGGAGGCUAGAUUUAAAGCAAUCAUGGACAAGUUGAAUGCGGAAGAUGAGCCCUCCGACCAAAAUGACUAA